GUAUAACAUUUGCUACCAAUAGUUCCGUAGAAAAUAAUAGAACGAAGCUAAAUUUUAUGAGGUAUCAAUAAGUUUUAUUGUUUAGCUAUGAAGAAUUCUAUAGCAGAAGCAUAUAACUUCUUGCCACGAAAAUCUUAUUUAAAGCUAAAUAAUUUUUUAUGCCAUGUUUAUUUGUGUGGUAGCAAAGGCUCAAAAGAUAUAGCUAUAAUGAAUUUUAUAACAAAAAAUAUAUAAAUCUAGCCAUGAAUAGUUUAUUGAAAGCUGUAUGGCAAACUAACCGCCACAAUUCUUUUGGUAGCAAGAACUGAAUUGCUUUAGCUACAAAAUGAAUCAUGGCAAAUUUAUUGUUGAUUUAUCCAUGAAUAUUUUAUUAGAUACAGAAUAUGUCAUAGCAAAAAUUAUGAUUAUUCAGUUUCAAAGCAAGGGAGUGCAUGGAAAAAUAGUAGAUAGAGCCAUACAUCAUGUGUUGUGAAGCUAAAUAUUUUAAUGAUUUUGCUAUAUCAAAUUUAUUUGUAUGGCAAAAACCAGUUUAUGUUUUUGCUAUAAUAUAUUUUGCUUAAAGCUACAAGUGUUGGUUAUUAAAUAUGCAAAUAAGAAAAUGUGUAGCUAACUUUUAGCUGCGCCACAUUUAGCUACGAGAGCUACAAAAUGAAUUUUUUGUAGCUACAUAAUUUAGCCACAAAAUAUUUAUCCUUUAGCCACGAAAACUUUCCCAGCUACAUGUGUAGAUUGUUGUAGUGUAAUGAUAUGAUCCAUUCAAAGUUAAAUGGUAAAAAGUAAAUCUUAGAUAAAAGAGAUAGAAUGAAGGGGUCUGAUUUAGUGCAUUUUUUCGUAAUUUCAUAAACAUCUCUCAUCCAUUAUUAGCGAUAUUUUAGAAAUUGGAACAUACAAUUUGAUAAGACCAAAAAUACCGGAUAGUGGACCCUAAAUGGUAGGCAACUUUAUUGUACGAGACUGUUGAAUCAUAAUUAAAUCUUGAUAUUAGUACAAAAAUACUCUACAAGUGACUUUUCUGGUGUAACUCAAAUACGAUCUAAACCUUGAUUAAUAUCCAUAAGAUAUAUUUAAUUAUCUUUUCCUAAUUUUCCAUUUCUCUCACUUAAAUUCAAUGGUUGUGGGUUAAUUUUGCUACCAUAACCAAACUCUAGACUUAGAGUUUGGCAGAAUAGAAUUGAUAGGGGAGUUUGUUUUGGGUUUUUAUUAUUAUUGGGACUCGUUUGGUGUGGUAAUGUGGUGCGGCCGAUUAAGUUAGGUUUGUUUUGAAUUAUUGUAAUUAAUUUUAUUAUUAGGGCUGCCGAGUAGGGUUUGGGCCUUGGGGUCGAUAAUCUUGAGUGCACCAUUAGACCAAAACAUCUCUACAUCUCUACACUACUUAUAAUACAUUUUAAAGAGUUUGAUUUACUCCAUUUCAAAUUUCCUGCAAACAAGAGUGAAAGUAGGAAGGGUAUUUUCGUCUACACAAUCAAUUGUUUAUUUCAUAUAAAAAUAUAUCAAUGCUAGGAUUUGAACGAUGGUCUUUUCCAUCAAAGACAAAAAUUGAAACCAAUUAGACUAGGCACAUUUGUUGUACUUUAUUAAAACAAAACAUAGAGGAAGUUAAAAUUAUGAAAAACAUAGUACUUUUCUAUCACGGUUAGUUAGCCCGCUAAGUCUCCUAUAAGUAUUUUGUGGUGUUUGAUAAUUCUAUUUUUAUAUUUUAAUAAUUAAUUUAGAAUUUUUUCUAACUUAUAAAUGAAGGAUAAUCUUAAAAUCUCAACACAAAUAUCAUUGGUUGGAAUAUUGCACAUUGAAUUGAAGUGUUCAAUGAUGAAAUAAGAACACUGGUACCAUACAUUUCAAGAAAAAUAAACAUGACAACACCGAUACCAAUUAUCUCGACAGUCUAUGCUAAAAUUCGAAUUUGUUUAAUCAUUCAAUUUGAGUGAUAGUUUAGUCAAAUCAAGUAAAUAAUUCACGAUUGUGUAUGAACAAAAAUAAAAAAAAUAUGUAUUGUAUUAUGAAAUAUAUAUUUAUUUUAAAAAUUUUAAAAAACAAUCAAGACUUCCAUAUACAACCCCUUAUUUCAACAUUGUAAUUAAAUGAAACAAUUUUUAUCAACAUGAUGCAAUGUUCAAGCUAAGGUCCAAUUAUUAAUCACUAGUAUAUAGUAUUCAACUUAGUAAACUAUUUCAAUAUCCACAACUAACUAUUAAUGGUUACUUGCUUUCUGUUUGAGGGUUUAAUGUAACACUCUCAUGUCUACACUCUAAGCAUUUUUUUUCUUUUUUCCAAUAUUUUUUGCAGUUAUUUGUUCAAUCAACUAUGUUUCUAGAUUUACAUUCCUAAUUAUUCACUGCUUCCUACCAACUUAUGAGAAUGAUGAAUAUUUUUUAUGUAUAAUCUAUUGACUAUAAAUGUUGCUUAUUUGUCUCCAACAUAUUCUCACAAUUUCUCGAAAAAGCAUCAUAUCUUGCGAGUGAUAUCAUAGUUUUGUUAGGUAAAGUUCAACAAACUCAAUCAAUAUUUGAACUCUUUGAAGUAGCUAUCUAUAUGUGGAUCUGAAGUACUGAGUAGCUAAAACUCUACUUGAGUUAGUACGAUCUUUUGCGCUAUCAAUUAAAAUUCAAUACAUGAUUAUCUUAUUACAAUUUAGUCAUACUAAUUGUGCAUUAGGGGACAUCUUAUCAAAAUCGUAUAGAAAGACUCCUUGAAUGAUCAGUUUCAGGAUGUAAUCAAUUAUACCAAAUAGAAGUGAUCAAAUUUAUAAGAUGCUUUCAAAGUUUGCUAUAAUUAUUGAGGUUCAACAACACGUUAAUCGUAAGGUGGUCAUUGUGCAUUUGUCUAUCUCCUAGCUCGCAUAGACAAGCUUAGACGUUGUAAUAAAAUUGUAAUAAUGAUGAAUGAAGUAACAGUUCUAAAGCACUUUCAUACUUCAAUUCAAAUGAUUUAACAACAAGGAAAAUAACUCCCAAGUUUAUAAUUUUUUAUACCAAAUGGUAUAAUUAAUUCAUUUAUGAGCUGAAAUAGCUAAUUAUAAGCACUUAAAUUUUUAAGUUAAAACUCAUAUGAUACAAUUGUUUGACGAAAUUGUUUUUAUCAUUGAGUGAUUCUAUCGAGAGAGGUCUCUAAGAAACAUGGCUUACUUUAUUAUUCAUUAGGUAGAUAUAAUAUAUAUCUUCAUCGUUACUUUUACAUUGGAUUCAAUUUAGUAUAUUUUUUCGUUUAGAUAGAAACAUGGCUUACUUUUACAUUGGACGUUGUUCGUCAUUUUUAAAACUUCGUUAGUCAAAUACAUUAAAUACUUUCCUAUAUUAUUAAUGAUGAACUUACCAAACUAAAUAGUUACUUCAACCCCCAACAACAUGAACCAUAACAAAAAUAUAUACCUUUACUUAUACAUGACAACAUGAGAAUCAAACUCUCCCGGCCAAGAGGCCGGGCCAUAAUCUAGUACCGAAUUAACCAAAUAAAGAGUUCCACUAUUAUGUUUAUAAGCAAUGGUAUUAUCGUUUUAAGAAAUAUUUUUAACUAGCUUAUAAUCCGGCCUGUUGGCCGGAAUGUUUAUAUUUUAAUGUUAUGUUUAAGUCUAUUAAUUCGUUUAAGUUUAUUGAAAAUCAUUCAAUCGAAAUGCUACAUAAAGAAUGAAUAUAUAGGUCGAACAUUCAGGGAAAUACCCUCCUCAUUUAAGAAUAUAAAAAUGUAUCAUUAAUCCCAUUUUCAUAAUGAUGAUUGAGCCCCAUUAAAAUGAUAUUGGUUAAUAGAUUGUUCAGAAAUAUAUAAUAUAAAAGCUCAUUGGAAUUCCUACACGAUCCAUAAAUAGUUUGAAACUGAAAUGAAACCUCACAAUCCCACAUAAAUGGUUCAAAGCUCUCCUCUAUGAAUAACAUGUCACUAAUAAAAAAGAAAUGGAUUUAUAAAAAAAAAACAGAAAUAAAAAGUUGUUGAUUCAAGUAAAUCAUAUGCUAACAACUCAACUAAAAGGAGACCAUCAAAACUUGAGAGCAAAUGAAAAAAUUAGAGUUACGUCCAAUAUACUAAUAAACUCGAUCAAAGUAACGAGGCACAAAAUUAGACACUCCUUAUCUACAGGUUCCAGUAGUUUGAAUAGUGAAUCGACUUUAACUUUAGUAAAUCAAUUAAUGAUUCCUCAUUUUAACAAAAACAUAGGUUGUGGUAGUUGCAACAACCAUAACACCUAAAGAUCCAAUAAUUUCCACUCUCCGUUGUACAACCAACUUUUUAUCCCCUCCAUCUUCAAUCUCUCGAAGUAUAUGUUUUAAACCAAAAUUCAAUUUCUAAUCCUCCUUCUGCAACUCCAUUUAUGCUACUUUGAUGGACCUUCUCUCCAUGAACCUUAAUUUCUCUUUCAAUUGAGUUUAUUGUCAGCUUGAUCUCUAACUCCUCAAUCCUCUUUCUUGUAUUUGGCCAACUCAUCUUUCUCGAGGCAGUUUUAAUAAGCUCGUAAAACCAACACUCAUCUUCAAUUCCAUCAAUAUGCUCUUCUCCUCCUUCUCUGCCUUCACCUGAUCCAGUUCACUUCCAUGUCCUUCAAUAUCCUCUCCAUUUUCAUUAAUAUCCUGAUCAUCUACUAUUUUUCUCUCUCCAACUGCUCCGAUUUUGCUUCUAUGUCUUUCAAUACCCUCCUUAGUUCAAUCACUACCUUGACCAACUGCCUCUUCACUGCCUUCACUUCCUAUAAACUACUUCCAUGACUUUUUAUACACCUUCCUCAAAAUCACAAUCAACUAACCAAUAUUAAUCCAUGGCUUUGGAUCAGUUUUAAACUCUCUAUGAACAUCUCAAUGCCACAAAGUCUAAAUAUAAAUAUUCUUUCAGUUAAUCAUGAACUUGAGUAUAUCAAAAUCUAAUCCACUUCUUCUAAGUUGGAAUUCUCAUGCCCCAAACUCAUUUUUUUCAUUUGAUCCCACAUAACCAUGAUAUUAUACCUCUAACUAAAAUAAAUCAAAACAUUUUAUGAAAAUAAACUGAACCAUGAACUUUACCUGCUACUAAAUCCAAACACAAUUUCUUCCUCUCACCACUUCCCUUCCUAAACCUAAUAUCAACUUUUACUCCAAGUUCACACCCUCAACUCCCAUGUGUGUUGCAAUUAGAUUAAUGGACACCAGCAAGCGCCAAAAUUUCACCAAACGAUGAGUUGUCUUCACUUUGAGUUUUGUCAUAAAAUUGCUGGCACGAUAUGUUUAUCAGUUUGGAGGCCAUAUGAUGAGCAAUACCGAAUCAGUUGCAGCGAAGUUACCAGUCACAGUAAUGACAAUGUGAAACAUGUGUUAACAAACGCGAAUAUGAGUUACUUUUAUGGAUUGACAUUAGAAUGAUGGGAUUGGACAAUGAGAUCGUCCUUAGUUAAGCGACAUGUAAAUUGGUUCAUUUGGUAUGGAGGACACAAACCGUUAAAAUUCUAAUUUAUUUGGGUGAGUUUGUAUUUAGUGUUUUCAAAAUCGUGGUAUAUGAGUUAGGUGAUUAAAAUAUCUAAACCCAAACGAACCGACCCACGUACACCCCUAGGAAGAGUUUCAAAACUUAGUAUUUAACCGGAGAAAAAUGUUCAGAGAACCAGUCCCCUAUAAUUUGCACAAAGAUAUGAUUGUUUCACUAUAGUUAUGGAAUUAAUGGUAAUUUAAGAAUUCUAUAUCGCUUCUACAUAUUCAUUACUAUAAUUCGAUAUGAAAUAUUCGAACCAACAAUAUUUUGGUUGCAAAUUUAUGGUUAUCGUCUAUUUAUAAGAUAGAUAAAAUUUUAAAUUAAAUAUUAAACUAUAAUUAAAUAAAAAUAUCAAAAUCGAAGUAUCAAAACACCAAAUAAGUACUUACGGACUAUUUAUUGGGGUAGCUAACUGUUGAAAAGUUCUGUGAUUUCAUAUUUUAGCUUCGUAUAUAUUUUAAAUUUAAAAAAAAAUACAACAAAACUACAUAGUCUGAUUGAUUUUAAACCUUCACUUAGUUUGAAGUGACCAUGGUUCAAAUCUCAAUAUGUCUAUCUUUUCUUGUAAAUAAAUAAAAAAAUACAUAUAAUUGUGAAGAAAAAAAUGUCCUUCCUAAUUUUCCUUUCAUUGCAGGAAAUUUGAAAAGGGAGAUUCAGUUUCAAAUAAUUAAAUCAUAUACCCUAAAUCUAUAGAACUUAAACCCUAAUAUCACAUAUACUAAGAACAUAAUCAAUGAUUCGUCAAGAUGUAUACAACAUACCAUAUGCAGUAUAUUAGGAUUUAGAGAAUUAUGAUAUAGGGUUUAGUUACGUGAUUAAUCUAUGGUCUAGAUAAUGUUAUUUAACUAAGGAGAUGCAAUAACCCUCAAUCCAUCGAGCGUACCAUAUAAUUUCCAAUGUAUAUACAUACCAUUGUUUGUUAAAUUUAGCCAAUGAUAAUUGGCUCAUUUGUCAUUGGUAUUUAGUCUUUCAAUUUUAUGCUUAUAACUGUCAACCAUUAGAGAAAUUGUUAGCCAAUGAUUUUUGGUCAUUCACUUAUAGCAUUGAAAAUGUCUCGUUACAAUACCAUAGAUCACAAAUGUCAAAUUUUAUGUUUUGAAAUAAAAUUUUGUAUAGCACUUUUGUAAACACUAAACAAUCCUUGUAUUCCUACAAACUACAAAGUCAUGUAACCUAAUAAAUGUAAAAGUUGUAAAACAUACAUAAACUCAAAAUGUACUAUUUGAUUCUUGUUGAAGAAUUGUGUGAUUAGAGAAACUCACUUAGUUGAUUCAUAAAGCUAGGUAUAUCAUGAUGAUUCACUUUGUAAAUAAUUACAGUUAUUAAUUAAUUCGAUGAUUGAUUGUUGCGGUGGAUAGUCCUAUGAUUUUGAGAUAUUUUAGUAUUUUCUCUCUUUAAUUCAAAAAAUACAUAAACAUUGUUGUAGUCCAUUUGGCUAGGGAUAUUGACUAUCAAUCUAAAGGACUUGAGUUCAAGUCUUUGUAAUGACAUUUUUUUCUCGUAAAAAUAUAUUUAACUUCUAAAGUACUUGUAUAUAUUAUAGAGGGAUAAUACAAGUUCAUUUUAUACCUAUAUUUUUCAUAUAAAUUAUACAUUUCCCCUUGUUUUCUACUAAAAAUUUGGUCAGCUCCUCUCUAAUUUUUUUUAUUUCCCACCUUAUUUUUUAUGAUAGGUACCAUUGAAUUUCUUUUUUUAAAAUUACGACCAUCAUUAGAUAUGAUUUUGCACUACAUAUAUAAUGGAUUGUGUAGUAUAACAUAUUCCUUCAUUUAAUGCUACAAUUAAAAGGGGAAGGCAGGGGCCAUGCUAGCAGGUGGGCACGGGGCAGGUUCACCACUGGAUCUAGAGUCCAUCAAUGUUGUAACGACAAUGGGGCGGGACGGGGCGGGUAUCUCAAUUCCUAUGCCCGGCCCUAUUCUACUACGAGUUGGGGUGGGUAAAAUCCGCGCGGGUACGGGAAGUGGCGAGGUGACUCACACUUAUAUGUUAUUUAAAAAAACACACACAAAUUGUACUUUUUACGAUUAAACGAAGGAAAAAACACUUCGGUAUCGUUUGCUUGUGGAAUUUGGGUGAUGGAUUUGGAACCCAAAUCCCAAGCAUCAUGGAUUUUAGACAACUCCAUUGUUUGCUAAGGGACACAAAUAUGUGGGUGCCACGGAAUUGGACCCCUUUUUUUAGAUCCAAAUUUGUGGACCCCACGAAUUUGCAAAUCCCACAUUUCAUUUGGGAUUUGAUCAUGAAAGGCAAAGUUGUGAGAAAAUCAAUGAUAAAUCCAUGAUAAAAAUUAAUCAAACAAACAAUGAACUCUUCCAAAUCCAUAAUACAACAAAUCAAUCAUAAAUCCAAAGGUUUUUAAUACUCAAAGCCCUCAUUUUCAAAUCCAACAAGCAAACGAGCCCAUGAAUGAAAAAUAGUGAAAAUAGAAUUGGUAAUUGAGUCUAACAAGUUGAAAAAUCGACUCUAACUAAUUGGAAAAAAAAAUCCAAAUUGGAGAAAUAUAUAUAGAUACUUAAGAUAUUGAGAUAAAAUGGGUACAGAACGGGGCGAGACGGGACAGGGCAGAGCGAAUAUAAAGUAGAUGAGCCACGCUCCGCCCCACGCUACUGUGGGUCCGCAGUGCGGGUUCAAAUCGCCAUCACUACAUCAAUGCUCCAAAUGAAUCCAAAUCUAACACCCCCUAUAUAAAGAGAUUGAAAUCUCCACACAAGCAAGCAAGCAAGAAAUAAAAAACAAGAAAAAUAAGAAAGAAGAAGAAUGAAGAUCACGAUAGUGGCAGUUUCACUACUUGCAGUUGUCUUAGCGGCAGCUACUCAAAUUCGUGGUGAAAGGCCUGACCAUCGUUGUGGCCCUUGCUUCGAUUGUGCAAGAUGUGACAAAGGUCGUUGUUGUAGCGAUGCGUCAUACUGUGGGAAUACCUCAGACUACUGUAUUGGCAUCUAUAGCAGGCCAGGUUAUCCCUGCCUUCCUAGAGAGAAGUGUACUGGAGUCUACGACAAUAUUAAUGGAUACCGAUGGGAUUUGAAAGCUGCGAGCCUUUCCUGUUCUUCGCACACGGCCAAUAUCUCGCAUCAUGGAAUGGAACUAAAAGGUGUCGAGACGCCAUUUUGCCUCAAGCAAGGUGAAUCUAACACCAAUAACCGUGUUCGUGCAUCUUGCGGACAAUGCUUGAAGGUUACAAGCCGCAAAACUGGAACUCAAACAACGGUGAGACUUCCAACGGGCAACCAGUGCAACAACAAGGAUUUGAACUUGGGGAAAAGGGUUUUUGAGGAACUUCACAGCAAUGGAGAGGGAAGUGAUCAGAAGGGCCACCUUACUGUGGAUUAUCAAGUUGUGCAUUGUGCUGAAGACUAGAGCAUUGAUGGGCCAAAUAUACGCGACUGCUCCUUGAUACAAUGAACUAUACUAAAUAAAUAAUUUCAAAUGUUGAAUGCAUAUACCGCGAAAGUAUAUGCAAAAACGUUUGUUGUCAUAAUGACAACUGUGUAUGAUAAAUAAUCUGUAAUGGAAUGCGGUUGGGUUGUUAACUGCUAUCUAUAGAUCGAUUUGCAUCAUAAAUAAAAUCAUGAUUUCGAUACUAGGUUUACAUUCAAGCUUUUUGUUGGAUGUUUGAUCAGUGAUUAGAAGGAUAAUUUGAUAAAUGAUGAUUGUCGGUAUUCAAUCACUAGCCUCAGUUGAGCUAAGAUCAAUGCAGUUAAAAUCGCGCUUUAAAACUUAAAGCUUACGGUUUUACGCUUUUAGGUCACCAAAACGCUUUCAUUUCUAUAUAAAAUCGUUAGUGUAUGAAAUUGGACAAAGUUACGUUUUAAAGCUUAAAAUCUUGCGCUUUUACGCUUCUAGUUCACCAAAGCGCUUUACGCUUUCAUGUUUUUAGUUCACUAAAUGGAUAUUCUUUUCAAGAAAUUAAUUACAAAAAAUAUAUUUUAAAGGUAAAUCACCAACUAUAUGAUACAUUUGAGAUUAAAAGAUACAUACCAGGUACUAUGAUACAUUCUCAUCUUCAAUACAUAAUCUAAUUCACCUGCUAGGCCAUUCUGAAAUUCCAGUAUAGAGGGGAAUGUGGCUUAUUAUUAAGAUUAUUUAUGUUUAUGAACUUAUUGUUAUGAUGCUAUAAGUUGCUUUACUUUAUACAUGAAUUGAAGGUAUUUAUUAACUUAUCUAAAUUCUUAGCACUCAUAUUUUUACAUAGUAUAUGUCGUACUUAACAGUUUUUUAGUUAUUCUACAGCGCGCGUAAAAAACUUACGAUUUUACA